ACUUUCAGACUGUAGUAUCACUGAAGAAGGAUAUCUAGCUAUUGCUUCAGGUCUGAGAUCAAACCCUUCACACCUGAUAGAGCUGGAUCUCACAGGAAAUGAUCCUGGACAAUCAGGAGUGAAGCAGCUCAGUGAUUUACUACAGAGUCAAUACUUCUCACUGAAGACACUGCGGUUGUUACAAAGUCCUGAUGCAGAAGAAGCCUGUAAAUAUCUGAAUUACAUUCUUCACAUUAAAAACCCGUUACUCCUGAGAGAGCUGAAUCUGAGUGAACAUGAACUAGGAGACACACGAGUGAAUCAGAUCACUGCUCUACUACAGGAUAAACACUGUAAACUCAACACACUGAUUCUGCAUAAGUGUGGUCUAACAGAGGAAAGCUGUUCAGCUCUCGCUACAGUCCUGAGAUCAAACUCCAGUCUGAAAGAACUUGACAUGAGCAACAAUAAUUUGCAGGAUUCAGGAGUGAAGAAACUCCAGAACGGAUUAGAGAAUACAAACUGCACACUGCAGAAACUCAGUCUUUCAGACUGCAGUAUCACUGAAGAUGGUUAUAAAGCUCUGGCUUCAGCUCUGAGAUCAAACCCUUCACACCUGAUAGAGCUGGAUCUCACAGGAAAUGAUCCUGGACCAUCAGGAGUGAAGCAACUUGAUGAUUUACUACAGGAUCCAGACUAUUCGCUGAAAACACUAAGGUUUUUGGGUACUGCUGCAGAUGAAGCCUGUCAGGAUGUGAAUAGAGUUCUGGGUGAAAACCUGUUACUCCUGAGAGAACUGAAUCUGAGUGAAUUUAAACUAGGACAUUAUGGAUUAAUGAAACUUGCUACGGUACUGCAGGACAAACACUGUAAACUCAACACACUGAUCACUCUGAAUAACAGCGAUAUCACAGAAGAAGAUUGUCGUUUAUUGGCUGAAGCUUUAAAUUCAAACCCUUCAAAUCUGACAGAACUGAAUCUGAGUGGAACUAAACUCAGAAACUCAGGAAUGAAGAUCUUCUCGACUCUGUUUAAGAAUGAACAAUGUAGACUGAAAAAACUGAAGUUUAAUUGCAUCAGUAUUACAGCAGAAGGUUGUGCUGCUCUGGCAUCAGCAUUUCAUUCAAACCCUUCAAACCUGAUAGAGCUGGAUCUGAGUGGAAAUAAACUAGAAAACUCUGGAGUGACUGAAAUCUCCAAUCUACUGGCAAACUCUCAGUGCACACUGCAGAUACUCAGACUUUCAGACUGCAGUAUCACUGAAGAAGGUUAUAAAGCUCUGGCUUCAGCUCUGAGAUCAAACCCUUCACACCUGAUAGAGCUGGAUCUCACAGGAAAUGAUCCUGGACAAUCAGGAGUGAAGCAGCUCAAUGAUUUACUACAGGAUCCAAACUAUCAGCUGAAGACACUGAGGUUUUUGAGUCCUGCUGCAGAUGAAGCCUGUCAGUAUGUGACUGGAAUUGUGGGUAAAAACCCGUUACUCCUGAGAGAGCUGAAUCUGAGUGAACGUGAACUAGGAGACACACGAGUGAAUCAGAUCACUGCUCUACUGCAGGAUAAACACUGUAAACUCAACACACUGAUACUGAAAAAUAACAAUAUUACAGCAGAAGGUUGUGCUGCUCUGACUUCAGCAUUUAAUUCAAAUCCUUCAAACCUGAUAGAGCUGGAUCUGAGUGGAAAUAAACUAGAAAACUCAGGAAUACAGAAGAUCUGUCCUCUGUUUAAAAGCACAGAAUGCAAAUUGGAAAAACUAAAAGUUUCCGACUGCAGUAUCACUGAAGAAGAAGCGCUGAAGGUGCAUGAUGCUGCAGCUACUGUUCUCUCCUCCAAACCCAUCCUAAAAGAGCUAGCUACUGUUCUCUCCUCCAAAACCAUCCUGAAAGAGAUGAACCUGAACAACAGUCGUCUGCUGAACUCAGGAGUCAAAGAGAUCUGUGAGGGACUGAAGAAUCCUGUGUGUGAACUGAAGAUACUCAA